UGGCACGUUCUGAUUGGACGAAUUAGCGCAGCUCGUGAAAUUUGAUUGGAUUAUCCAGAUCAAACACCGUGUGCCUGAGAAAAAAGUGUGCGUCUGUCUCGUGUAUUGAUGUGCGGGCCACAUUGAUCAGACUGAGGGAUAUUUGGAGCAAAUUCUUGGGAAACAGUUUUACACUGCCAGACGUUUAGAUGUCAGACGCAUGGAGGAUUCCUAGCAGACUAAAACGUCGGAUGCGGUCAUGAAUUUGAGACCAGCAUGUUUCGCGCUGGUCUGGAUGUGUGCGGUUCUAAUCCAUGCCGGGGGCGGACAGCAGCACCAGUCUCGACCACGCGUGCCGACGUCUAGUCGGGUGGCCAGUGUGGGUGGGCAGCAGAUACUCGACUGCUCCAUCAUCUUCCCGGGUGACCAGCCCAUCAACUACAUCCUGCAGUGGCGCAAGGAGGGCAUCAAGGACCCCAUCCUCUUCAAGUAUGACGGCUACAGUCCACAGGUGAACAACAACCUCCACUACGCAGGGCGCCUGUCCCUGGUGAAGGGGGUCUCGCUGCAGAUCAACUACAUCCGGCCCGAGGAUGAAGGGUGGUACGAGUGUGACAUCACCUUCAUCAGCGACUCCGCCAACAAGAUCAGCGCCAACGGCACCUGGAUUUACCUCACUGUGCACUCGCCGCCGACGAUCACGGAGAGCUCACGCAACAUGCUGCAGCACCGGCGGGGGGAGAACAUCAAGAUCUUCUGCCGCGGCACGGGGUCGCCGGAGCCCAAGCUGGUGUGGCGCAAGGACAACGUGCUGCUGGAGAACUCGGGGCGCGUGCGUGUGGACGGCGGCGAGGUGCGCAUCACCAACCUGCACCGCGAGGACGGCGGCAUCUACACCUGCACCUUCACCAACUCCGUGGGCGAGCGCGCACAACUCAUCAAGCUCGUCGUAGAAGGAAGGCCAUACAUUAUGCAUUCCCCAAGCAACAGCACAGCCAUUGAGGGUCAGAGGAUCAAGUUUAUGUGUGGGGCAGAAGCAUACCCUGACAACAUCACCUACUAUUGGUACAAGGACGGCACCGACGUGCGAACGUUACCUGUGUAUGAGAAACGUUUGACCCUUCCCCCUGAUGGUGGAUUACUGCUGACAGGGGUGGUAAAGGAGGACAUGGGCUGGUACACCUGCAAACCCAGCAAUGCAAUUGGCCAGGAUGAGGCCAGUGCCUACCUGAAUGUUACCUAUAUUCCAAGGGUGAUAACAAGGCAGAUGCCAGUCUCAGUAAUUUGGGCAAGAGGAUUGCAGCAGAGCCUAAAUUGCCCUGUGGAUGCAAACCCUCCUUUAAUAGAGACAAUCUGGACCAAAGGUCAGCAGACUAAGAUACAAAGCCAAGGUCGCUUUGAUAUUCUUCUAAACGGCACCCUGUUGGUAAGCGAUGUUCAGCAGACAGAUGCAGGAAGCUAUUCGUGCACCCCAAAAUCUGCCUUGGGUCUUGGUGAACCUUCACCUAACGUGCAAGUCGUGGUUAGAGACAGUCCAGACCCUCCAUAUUUUACUAUCCGCCCUAUGCCAAGGUAUCAACAGCAGGUGGAGGAACCUGUAGUCCUUCCUUGUGCUGCCUCGGGUACGCCAACACCAUCCAUCACCUGGAAGAAGGUUGAAGGCAACAUUAAUAUUGAUGGGAAUCGUGUGAUGAUGGACGGGGGGAACCUUUCAAUAAUCAGCACUAAGAAAGAAGAUCAUGGGACAUAUGAAUGCGUUGCCAGUAACACAGUUGCAACCAUUGUCGCUGUCACAGAGCUGUACAUUCUCAAUACAACUCCACAUGCGCCAUACAAUAUCACCGUCAUACCACAACUGUUCUCAGCAGAGAUCAGCUGGGCCCCUGCGUUUAAUGGUGGUCGAUCACAGUUCUACAUGUUGUGGUUUCGGCCAUUGGGCGGAAGCUGGAGUCAACUGACGAUUCCAGGGCAAGCAACAUCGUUCACCUUGUACAAUUUGCAGCCAAACACCGACUAUGAGUUUAUGGUGCUAUCUCGAAAUGACCUGGGCAACGGAUCCUUCAGUGAUGCUGUUGUUGCUCGAACGCUGGACCCAGAUCACAAGCUGCGUCCCCGCACUACUCUUAAAACAAUGGGUUUUAAUCCAGACAUGGUCACUGCCUUGCCCACUGAUGCCUAUGGUUCCACCUACAUCCCUGAAGUUCGUGAAUCCUUAGGUCCCAGGCCAACACCUCCACGCAAUGUGACGACCAUGCGGCAGGGUGACCGUGGCAUCCUGGUCAGGUGGAACCCACCAGUAGACCCCCCAGUCCCAGUGUUCUGGUAUGUUGUGGAAUACUUGGCCAGCAACAGCAUGGUGUGGCGCCAGCACAGCACAAAAGUUCUGGCAUCUGGAGAAACACAACUGCUGAUGGAGGACAUGCCACCUGGGGUGUACCAACUGCGGGUACUCGCCUACAGUGUCCUGGCCUUCAGUCAGUCUAGCAACAUCGUUACCAUAGAGAUUCCAUCAGGACCAAGGAAUAACCAUGCCAACACAGACUCUUCUACUGAUGGGAGGCUGAUCCCCGAUGCUAUGAUUGGGGGAAUCGUCGGGGGAUUCCUCUUCCUUCUGGUGGCUGUUCUACUCAACAACAGUGGCAUCAUCCACAGCCGCCGCAAGGGAAACAAAUCUAGAGCAAAUGCCAAUUAUGCUGAUGUGACUUAUGGAAAACCAGAAGAUGUAAACAGUCGCCAACAUCAAACUCCGCCAAAAUGGGAUCGCUGGCAGCAGAAUGGAGGAGGAGACAUUGUGACGUCCCUCAGCAACACAGACUCCAUCUUCUUCCUGCCACGCACCAGCAGGACUUCAGAUCUCAAGUCUGCUUUCCAUGACCCUUGGCUGUAUAACCGUGACCUCCCCAUGCACAUACCUGACCCGGCUUAUCAGGUGAACAAAUCCCCGCCACUCCCUCCAUCAUACUUCUCAUCUGAAGCCUUCCUCACCCCCAGACCGUCAAGCCAGCAUCCUUCCCAACAGGUACCCCUGCACCAUGACACUACCAGUCCUGCUAGUCACGGUGAUGGGAGACUUACGUUAAAAAAGCCUACACCAGAAUUGCCCUUACUUCCUGAUGGGAGACAGUUUAGUCCACAAAGUCCUUACUUGCAGAAUGCUGACUUUUCUAACCCACAGUUUCCCUCACAUGAUCGCCACCCAGACAGAAGUGUCCACAAACCUCGAUCACGUUCACACGUUCAGAAUAGUCCACGUGAUCAGCAGUUUGUUCCCUACCCAACUUCUCCUGUGGACAGUCACAUGCCUAAAGGAUUGCAGCACAGCUAUGAUGGCCCCUAUCAUGGUUUCCAUAGUGAUGACGAUGACGAUGUCUUUGGUCCAGGCCUACAACCUGCACCUGUGGGCCCUGCUAGCUUGCCACGUCACAGUUCCUUAAAACCAAGCCAGCAGCAGACGUACCUGACAGGGGAGAAGGAUGCACCAGUCUUUUCACUGAACGACAUCAGCUCAGUUCUGGACAGCCCUAAAGCAGAAUGUAUCCAGCCAUCCUUUGCAGAAUGCGUCCCAACAUUAUUCCCCCAACAACCCUCAACACAGGAGUCCUUCAGGUCACCACCACUUGGCCAUCCUGGAGUUCGUAGACAGGAAGGGAGGUCACCCCAGCAGGAGAAGCCUCUGGCUCAGGUUUGGCCAUCACCCAAGCCUGCUGAUGAGAGUGAAAGCAGCACCAGCAGUGGGCGGCCGCUGGGCUACACCCGGGAUCAGUUGCACAAUACAGUUGACCGGGUGCGCCACACAUCCCGGCCGCCGCUUGUUGGACCAGAGCAAUAUCUGGAUGUCACCGCGCAAGGAUUACCUCCAGAUUCUGGAUCAUACAGAGACAAGGCUGUGGCCAGAGGAGUCCCAGGUGCACCUGGUGCUGGUUAUGAUCUGGGUGCCUAUGGCGCACCUGUAAAGCCUGCGCGGUUGCAUCCUGUUGCAGUCGGCAGAUAUCCAGAAGACAGCCAGAGUAGUGGCAUCGGCAGCAGGAACACCUCUCAGAGCACCAACAGUUCUGCAGCGGCCACGAUCCAAGCCCUCAGCUGCAUCCACCAGCUCUCUGUUUACGCCGCAGGAAUCCUUCCAAGACGAUGAUUAUUACAUGACAACUUGGAUCGUUCCAGUCUUCGUCGUGACACGUCUGCUGAUGAGAACUAUGAGUUCGACUCUCUUCCAGCUUUAGAAUCAGAUCUGCUCAGUGAUUUGAGGAGAUAUUCCAGGUUGUCUACAGCAGGGGGAGACUCACUUGGUGUUCAGCAGGGUGAUGUUGUGCAAGACCUCUAUCCCAAGCCUCGCCAUCCGAGCCAGUACGCAGAUGCAGCAGAGCGAUUUGAACGACUGCGCGAAGAGUUUCAUCAGUAUCGCAAACAACAGAGUACCUCACUGUCUCCUUCAUAUUAUGAGCAGCAGCCUUCAUAUCCAAUGGACAGUGAGAUGUUGUGAGUGUAAUGGUGAGGACAGGCUGUGUCAGUCAACAGUAGCAAGGUCUGGUGCAACAUUUUGAGGGAGCAGCAGGAGAGUUUAACUGGAUACCUAGUUAUUCAUGGCAGGGUGCACUGUGGCAGCUGACAUCAGAUUGUUAAGAAAAAAAAGGAUGGCUGGGUCUUGAGGAUGAAUGUGACCAAAGGGGGCCUAGAGCAUGUUUCCUGAGGCACAGCCGUAUAGGGUGGAUUUUGCGCUUUAUUUUCUGAAUCGCCAAAGUGCAGGAUGAUGCCAUGUUAAUUUUGUGAAAUGCCGGGUUCUGAGACAAAGGUAGGUCAUAGGACUUUGUUUGAUGAGCCAAGAGGAUCUGGUUAUCCAGUAGGACUCUGACAUCUUAGGAAGGUGCAGUUCACACACAUGGUUGUCAAAAAACCGGGGCAUGUAUGAACAGGUGGAUACAGUGUGAGGAAACGGAGGGGGCGGGGCAGCACCUAUUAUCUGUGGUGUGAACGUGAUCUCCUUGAAUGAGGAAAAACAAAUACUACCAAGUAUUGUGCCUGCAGAGUUUGUGUUUGUUUUCUUUUUGCAUCUCCAGGAUCAUCUGUUCACCUUUUGCAUAGAGAGAGUGAUGAACACUGCCAUGACGGCACCUUUGCUGUACAGCAUGAGGCUGCAACAAGCAUCAUAACAUUGCCGUACUGUUUAGAGGACUAGACAGAUUUGCUGGCGCUGACUAAAGUGACUGUAGGAUGUUUGUGUUCACAGACUUGUAGCAUCUUCAAUGGGGCAGUAGACGAUGGUUUACUGGCAUCAUGUGACUGAACCAAUGGUUUAUUUACUUAAAAAAGUGAUCGCUUAAACCAAUUUUUUUUUUCAGAAUAAUUGAUUCAACUGAUGGUUUGCUGGCCUGAGGUUACUAAUUAAACUGAUGAUGAUUUACUGCCAUGUCAGUGCUGUAGUCAUGACAGUGACAAGCACACUAUUUAUAUUGUACUGCCAUUGUGUGAUUGCUGCAGUAAUUGUUGUUGCAGUUUUUCACUCAGCUGAACCAAAACACUGCUCUGAUUGUCACCAGAAAGUCCAGUUAAAAAGUAUUGUUUAUAUCUAGGUAAAAAUGUUGAAAGUUAAGCUUUAAUUUUUGUUUCCAGCUGUGCUGCAAGACGAACUGACCAUACAGCACUAGAUCAAGAUUUGUGUGGUUUGGGAAAGAAUUUCUCAGUGAUAAAAGUAUUUUGUUUUGUCGGUUUUUGAAAAAAAAAGAAUGACUUUGCUUUUAGCAUGUGUUGAAACAUCUGCUUUGCUCAUUUCUUUACCAUUUAUUUAAGUUGUAUAUAUGGCAAGAGCUUAUUGUGGCUGAGCCUGUAAUGAAAUAUAUUCAAUUUUUUAAGUUGGACCAAUAGUUAUCAGGCUUUUUUGUUGAUUUUUUAUUUGUGACCUCCUCCAACAUCUCCUCAACUUAAACCAAAGUUAUUUUCUUUUGCCAUAAUAGCCACAUUACUCCAGAGAACAGCAGAAAAGUUUUAAAAUAUCCGUCCUUUCUUCCAUUUGUACACACAAACACACAUACACUGAUUCUAUUUCUGUUUUUAAUGCUGAGAAAAGUUUUUCAAAGAGUUUCUAUUGACUACAGUUGGUGCACACAACACCAGGUCCUCUCCACUCUAAAAAAAUAUUUUAUUGGUGUGUCAACAAUAAAAUGUAGGUUUACUGGCUUGUCUAUAAUAAUCUGCUGACUGGUGAGUCUACAUAUUUUUUAAAAACAAGUCAGUAUCCAUCAUGCAAAUGCAAAAUUAAAACUAGAGAUAUUUAAAGGUAAGCAGACCAAAGGCCUUUCAUAAUCAAGCUAACGUAAUCAAGUUUGCUAGACUUACAUGCAAAGAGCACAGAAAACCAACGUUAAGGGCACUGAAACUGUGGCCAGCAUGUUGAGCUAAUGAGUUGGCCAAAGUAUGAAUGAGAGUGCGAGACUUUUAGAGGUUUGGCUUUUCCAUCAUUUUGCCUUGUUAAAAAGAUAGGGGAUGGACAAAAUCCAGUCAGGUAUAUGAAAGUAAACAUAAAUAACGGUAACAAGAUCAGUCGCUACAGACAGGUGGCUAAAUUUAGUUGAUUCACUGAAACAACUGCGACAGACUUGAAAAUCAAAAGUUUUCUCUUGCUUACUAGCACAUAACCACACAUAUACCACGAACACAUGGCAUCCUUUUAUUUGUGUAGUGCAGAUUGUUUGCAGAGUCUGUACUUUUCAAAUUUUUUUAGUGUGUCAUAACAAUGAACUACAAAUUUACAUUGGUUUUACGGAGCAUCUCUAAAAUUGUACCCAUUGUACCACAGCCGCCAUUGUGCAUGAGAGAACUGCCAAGAACUGUGGACAUUCAAGCAUCACUAAGCAUGUGGAUGUCUGGUGUCAAAUGCUGAGGAGGUUUGUGUAGACGAUGGGGGUCAAACGCUGCUGUGCCAUUGGUAACUAUUUUUUUGCUAGAGCUGUCUUGGGCAAGGAGUAAGGCUGACUCAAGGAUUUGCUGUGAAACUUGAGGACAGAGUCCGAGACAGUGAAAAGCAUGCGAAACACACUGCCAUCACAAGCCAUAAACAAGUUGUGAUAUUUUUCUAUUUAGACCUUUCACUAUGUGAUUUUUUUUGUUGUUAUUGUUUUCUUAUCAGUCAAGUGGAGAUUGUUGUUUGGCGUUCUCAUUCGGAUGGAAUGCUGAUUACAUGCCAAAUGCUCCAGCAGGAAUUCAUGCCCCAAACUUGUGUUGGCACAUGAAGGGAUGUGCAUGUAAAGUUACCCAUGGUCUGAUAUGUCUUAUACACACGUGGACAAAGCAUGCUGGAUGAGCCGUGCAGUAAAUAGUAUAUAACAGGCAUCCCGUGCAAGAUUAGUUGCACGGUGCACUGAAUCACUGAAUUUUGUUUUUGUGGACAGAUAGUCUAAAGUAUGGUCUUGUGAUAACAGUUUAGCAGCUAGAUUAUCACAGAUUUGUGAAAGGAACCAGUCUUGUGCUGAAGUUGUCUGGUGGAUGGUAAGUUAAAAUGAAGCUCGUGAUAUGGGAGAGUGGCAUCAGGCCAGUGAGAAUGGUAGGAGUGUCUAUUCCUUUUGUUAUGGCAUCGGGCUGCUCUUUUCAUUGAAGGACAUGCCUUUUUGCUGUUAUGCUAAUGAAGUAGGUUGGCAUCUUUAGUGAGGUUGUUACGAUAUGUUUCAGUGAGGUGGUCUUUUGUUUCUGAGGUGGGUGUCAUGUCUGGCAUUGUUUUCAGCAGAGUAGAUAUAGCAGGCCUCCUUAAAGUAUGUCAGUCCUUUUUCCUUUUUUUUCUUAUUUUACAAACUUUUUUUUGUGGGAUGGUAAGGGUUCAAUAUUCUUUGGUGUUUGAUAGUACAGUAUUUCUGAUUGUAUUUUCCGAAGCUGAGUUCUUUUCAGCUCACCUGUCUUUAUCCUAAUUGGUUUUACCCCCCUGUGUUACUUGGGCUUGGAAUUUUAUGAAAAAAAUGUUAACCACAAGGAGUAGUUGGGCUUAACUACACCACGGUCCAACAAGGUUACUACAACUGAAUUUUCAGGUUAAUCCUAGUUGCAAAAAUUUCAAGCUCAAGUAGCAGUCAAAGCUGUUUUUAACAUAAAAUCUCCAGCCAAGUAAUUUUGGGUGAUUAAUGCCAAUGAGGGUAAGAGAGAGAUAUAUAUAUUCUCUGGGUGUAGUUCAUGGAGAGGCAAGUACCUGUGAAUUAUGACAGAUUACAGAUGUUUGCUGUACUGCAGCACCUUAGACUGAAUUUUGUAAUUCUUUGACACCUCACUAAGCCACCUGUGCAGCAUUGCACUUGUUGGAUGAGAAUAAUUCUGCCGCUGUGUAAACAUGUUGCACCACUAUAUUGAGUGCAUGAGCUGUACUGCUGUAUGCCUGGUCAUACGUAUAUCAUACUGCGACAUACAUCACCUUGUUGUUGCACAACAUAAUCACUGGUGCAGUGUAGCAUCAUAUCACAUGGUUGUAUAGCACUUGACAUUGAUGAGGAUCCUUUGCAGCAUAUAUAAUGGAAUGGCUCUUUUGUAUUACAGCAUACAUUACAGAAUGGUUGUGUUGUAGGGGAUACGUCACUGAUUAUAUAUGCUGCUUAUUGAAUGUGUGCUGCUUGUGUAAAUAUCUUGGCUGGACAAACCCAGUGUCUUCUUCAAUACUGUUGCUGAAAAAUGAACAGGAAUCAGGGUGUCAUAUCUUUUUCAAUAGCAGGAUAUUUCAUUCUGCGUUUACUAAAAUGUCCUCAAGCAUAAGACAUUUACCCAUAAGCAGAUUUCAAGAGAUAUUUUUAAUGAAUGCAGGGCAAGGAGUUAAAAAUGUAGAAACAGUUGUUCCUGCAGAAUUUUUACCUCUGAGUGCAUAAUGAUUCAGUAUCAUCUCCUGGCUUGAAAUAAUGAAUUUUAAUGACCAUGCCUACCUUGGAUUUGAACUUGCAUGGGGUGACAGCAAAACCUCCAAGAUGAGAAUUUUGUUUUCAUUUGGGGCAACGACUCCAUCAUUAUUGCAUUGCGUACUUCCCGUUUCACUUCCUAAGCAUCUUAUAAAACAGAAUUAUGUCUUGUCCUUUAACGCUGACGGUGAAAGAGAAAGGUUGUAAAGCCCAUUUUUAGGCAUGAAGAGAGACUUACCUACUUAUGUAGACUGUUGUACUUAGGUGUACAGUGCAGCUAAAUCCUAGACUAUUCUGCAGCCAGGUUGUGAAUGCAUUGUAAACAGUGUGCUUAUGCUUUGGAUGAACUCUUUGUCGUCACACAGUUUGCUAAUCUUUAGCCUUUGUACCGCUUGUUAUGUGUGCUGGUGUGUGUGCGAUGUGUGCACACAUGUAUGGAGUUUGCCAUGAGUGGUCAAGUAAAAGAAUGUAUGUGUGUGUGUAUAUGAGCACGCAUGUGUGGAUGCCUGUACAGGAUAUUUCAAAGCAUUGAAUGUACACACAGGAUUUUUUUUUUAUAGCACUUCACACAAACUGCUCAGUUUGUUACCCAACAAACCCUGUGUUGUUUUUUUGUGCAUUAUUGUAGGCUGGUUCACAAUACAUAUCACAAGGUUAAUGUUUGGCUAUUUGGUUAGCCUGCUCUGCCUAUAUAUAUAUUACACCUAUAUCGAGGAGGCUGGUAUGACUGCGUAGGGUAUGACUCCACUAUAUAUAUAUAGGGUCUGCAUUAACCUAGGUCUCGUGGAAUGUUUUAAAUUCUCAUCAUUGAUAACUAAUGUUACUUGGAAAAAAAAACUAACAUUAAAAAGAAUUAUAUUUGUUGGCUUAAUUCCACAAUGAGAGUGAUUGCCCUGUGUGUUGACAGCAGGAAUACUGUUGUUUUUUUUUUAAAGUGUGGUCCCUACUUAAAUUUUGAUGUGCAGCAUUGUCUGGAUUUGUGAGGGGAAAAAAAUCAGCAUGCGGGUUUGAUCUUUUACACAUUCCAAGUGAACUGGAUGCAUUCUUUUAGGGGAGCUAAUUCACUUAAGGAAUUGAGAGGGAUGUGAGCAAGAGCGGAAUCAUCUUUGUUUUGGAAGCAGGCAUGCACCAUCCCUGAUGAGGUUUUGUGUCAGUUCAUGUGCACAAAGUCAAGCACAAUUGUAUGCAUGUGUGUGACAGAGAAGUUUCAGCUAUUCAGACAUUUGUUGUCGUUCAAGUACGCUUGGACUGUGUUUAUUAUUUAUCAUAAUUUUCAUCCUAUUGGUCCUUUAUUUGUAGCGGCCAAGUCCCGUUUUGAUAUGGCACAGGUUUAGUGUGUUUAUCGAUUGAUGAUAUUGUUUUUAUUUGUGGAACCAGAUCAGAGAUUUAUUUACCAGAAAAUCUUGAAUGAUUUUCCUAAUCCUGAUGUCUUUUAUUGCAUUUGUGAGUGUUAUUGCCAUGGUGACAUUAUAGUAAUUGUUCCUACCACAUUCUAAAUGAAUCAAAGCGGAUGGAUGGUCUGGAAGUGGCCCGCUGCAUACAGCCAAGGGAGGGAGUUCUAGUGCAGAGGUUCAUUAAGUUGUAAAAAGAAAUACCACUUGCGACUCUUGCAUAGACAUGACAUGUACAAGUGAUGUCUCGUGAGCAACAUGCGUUGGCUGCAGCAAAAGGUCAUUGGCUGUACCAUUCAUUCUGACUAGUUAUGUGGUGGCCACGUUGUUUUGUAUUGUGCUACAUUCUCACAACUGUAAUUGUUUAUGCACGUUAUUUAUUUCAUGGCUUUUCCUUUGCAGUAUUUGGGAUGCUCUUGCACAUGGUUGAAUGUUGACAAAGCAGCAGUGAUCAUAGCUGCUGGCUACCUUUGUCUGCAAGCCUAAACCUGUUUUAUUUGCUGAUGACAUUAUUUCACAAUAUUGAGUUGAAGAAUCAAAGGAGUCUUUACACUUGCUUCUGGUGAUGUCUUGUGCAAGUUUUGUUUUCAAGUUUUGACAGCGGUGGUAAUUUUUUGUUGGGAUAUAGUGUGCUUUGGUUUGUAGUCUUUUUUUGGGCCAGGCAGCAUUUGUUCAAUACUAGAUUAGUUGUCUACCUCUGUUAUUGCCCUUUUGUACGACUUCUUCCCCUGUUUUUCUUGUGACAUUUCAGAUGAUCAGAAAUUGUUGUUGUGCAACUCUGCCAGUAGUCUGUGAUGUGAUGUUUCUGGUUCACGUUUUCACAAUUUGAAAACUGGUGUGAGUGUGUAGGUAGACUAAGUGUGGCGUGAUUGUCACAGGUUCGUAAGUUUGUCCAGCACCUUUCCCAACACCUCACAAUUUUCAUCAUCCAUCUCUGUUUUGAACUUUUUGUCCAUCAAACAUUUUUUUGGUUGGUGCUGUGAUUUUCUCACCAAUUUCAUUUCUGGCUCAAGAGAAGCAUUAAAGAAGUUGACUGAGUCUGAAGGUGUUGAUUUCCAGACUAAAAUAUGCAUACAUUUGGAGUUAAGGUGUGGGAGAGAGGCUUCACAUCCUUGGGAGCAGAAGAUCGGUGGUUUGUGGUUUGCUCAAGCAAGUGACUGAAAACCUUCGCUACCUACACAGAAGUGGUGGGUAACCUGAUUGGUGAGGGCAGACAGAAGACAAGAACAGUUGAGGACUGGCUUUCACAAACUGUAGUGAAAACAUGGUGAACCACUUUCACUUGGCCUGUGCAGCCAAUAGGUUAAGGGACGUUUAGCUUCUAUAGACGAAGAGCAGCAGACAUAUUACACUUGAGGUCUAUUCUCAUGUUGCAAUGUACCAGACUUUGAAGGGUUUGCUUACCUUGUACAAGGCCCUCCAAGCUUUGCACAUGGCUCACAAAGGUUCUUAAAACAAAGUUUGCAUGGAUAGGACGUGGUUCUAUUUUUUGCAAGCCUUGACCUACAUGACAUGACUAUAGCCAAUUGGAAUACUCAAAAAUGGUAGGCUCUCUAAAUUAUAAGGUGAAAGGGUAGAAUAGGUCUGAGGCAAAAUGUUUCAUGUUAAAAUCACUGUGAAAGAACAAUAUACCUAUGUAUACUUAAACAAGCCCUCAUUUCCGCACCUACAUUUUUUUUUUCUUUUCUCUCUCUAUGUCCUUGUACAGCAGUUAAAAUUAUCUUUUCAGCAAUGUUGUCUGCUAUUUUGCUUACUUCCUAUUUGUGAGGGGCCUUGCUGCAUGAGAGAACAGUGUUGCUAAACUACAUUGCAAGGAAAUCUUGCAGAUGCAAACCUUGAAAACAUUGCAACAUGAGAAUAGCCCUAGCUUGGGAUGUCUAAACCCUUCCACUGAACAUUAACCAUGUCGUCACCAAGGAGGUUAAGUGUCUGCAUGAAAGGUUUGGGUCUAGCUUGCAGCAUUUCAAGCAAAAUUUGGUUUCAAGAACAUUGAUGUUUGCAUACAUCUUGUUGGUGUGUGGUACUAACAUGCAAGAUAAAAAAUAUAAAAAGUAUAUGAAAAAAACCCGUUUCUCUCACUUCACAAUAAUUUGCACAUGCUUUUUUAUAUACAGCAUUCGUGUAAAGUGCAUUUGUACCAACCAGAAAGUUUUUCUUUUCAUUUAGGUUUUACUUCUAUUGAUGUAAGAGAAGGGAGAGGUCUAAUGACUGCCAAUGCUUGUGAGGAAAAUAUGUCUUGCUAGUAAGCAGAGAGACAAAUGGUGCUUUAGACUGAGCAAAAUGUGAAAAAAAUCCUGUUACAUGCUCAGUCACGUUAACAAGUGUGAUGACAAAUAAUGUAAAUGAUGUCUUAGAGUAAUGUUCUUGAAAUACAGCCUUGAUAGUUGAUAGAUUUGGAAAGGAAGGCACAAUUCUGUUACUGUUCAACUUUUUUCCCAGCUACCAGGUAGAAGCUUUUUAUUUUGCCUGCCUGUAUAUGUUAGAGUGAACUAUACAGAGUUUAGUGGACCACCUUUUGUUCACAACCUUCCAUUGUAUGUAGGAUCAGCCCAAUGAGGUUCUUUUUAAUGAGUGCUGGUUUCACUUUAGUUUGUUUCCCUUCACCUGUCAGUAGUCCGGACUGGUAGCUGGCAGCGACAGACAUGGAAAUGUAGGUCAGUGUCAGACUUAUCUGUUGUCAGUAUGACAUGCUGUAGGAGUGGUUGGCACGGAUUGUACACCAUGACAUUCCUGACAGAUAUGUUGGGUUUUUAUGUUUUUAUUGUGGAUGUUUUUGCUUGCAUGGUGUGAGUGGGUCACACUGCAACAUCUUUAGGUACAUGCAAAUUGUCAGGGAAGUGUGCACUUGCCACACUUUAUCAAAUAGUGAAGCUGGUUACUGUUCAUUGUUGAAAUUUUACAGACAAGCUGUUCUGGGAUCGAAAAAACUCUUUGACCAAUCGUAUGAUGGGGUGAGCACUUCUCAGCAUGUGUGAAUAAUGAUCUUGUCAACAAUGGUUGAUUAUAAACAGGACUCCUUAACAGCAGAUAGACAAAAGAAAAAGUGGUACAGGUAAUGGUGACCUUUCUUGUUCCUGCAGGGAAAAAAAUCUGUCCUUGCAAGCUGGAAUAUUACCGAGGGUUGGGGAUGUGCAUGUGUGUGCAUGUUUGUGUGCGUACACGUGCGCACAUGCAUAUAAAAUGUAUGCUAGCAGACAUGAAAGCAGUUGUGUUUAGUCUAGCUGAUGGCGUUUUAAUCAAUUGUGUUUUGAUGUGGCAGUGCACAAUCUUUUUUUUUUUUAAUUUGAUGUGAAGAUGCGGAAAUAAAAUAUUUUAUAAAA